GACCCCGCGAACAGUGCACAACUUCACAUCAAACGCAGUGAGGUGUAACACAGUGUAUCACAUGGCGCUAGUACACAGUUAACUUCUUGUUUCUUUUGACGACACAUAAUCGAGUUCGAUCGGUAUUCAAAAUAGAGACGUCUAGAAAAGACGUGCGUGCAAAGCCUACAAGCCCGUCCGAAGACAAUUUUUCCCACCGCAAAACAGUUGGAAAUUUCCUGUUACGACAUCAGGGUUACCCUGAAGUUGAACUGUGGUAACAAACUAGCGAUAGCUCGGAGGACUUGGAUGGGCAAAAUAUUGGUUUUUCUGCGAACAAAAUGUGAAGGAGUUCGGUAACAUGCGACUACCUAAAUGUAAUGCAUAGACUGUAUGCAUGCGUUAUUAUUAGCGGGCGUGUUUUUUCUGUGUACACGUUCAUUCAAUGCAAGCGGUGAACUUUGGAAUCUUGAGGCACAACAAACUCGCCAAUAAACCACCACUCGACUGAGCUGAGAGGAAAACUUUGACGACAAGAUGGCGGAUUACAGAGCCAGAAGGCGUGGCAGGCUCAGUCCCGAGAACAACGGGGAAGCAGAUAAUCUGGACACAUCGCCUGGGUCUUCAUCAAAGUUGGAAGUAGCCGGCGAGAGCCGGGUAGCUGCCCGGCGCAGGGAUCGAGCGGCAGCCGCCGGUGCAGACGCCGGGUCGCCCGGGGAAGCCGAUGCAGACAGCCGCGGUGCGACCGGCGGGGCCGCUGGUGGUGGAGGCCGGAGAUUGAAGGACAAGAAAGGCACGGAAACGUCCAAAUCCGGAAGGUUUGCUCAAAGGAAAACCCGGGAAAAGAGACGGGGCACGGGUGUUGUUGUACUACAGGAUGAAGAUACUACUAACGCUACAGCCAACGUCAAAGCCAACACAGACUACAAUGAGGAAAUUACAAAGAAAGACGAUCACAAUGGAACAACUAAUUCCUAUGAGACCCCCACUCACAGGCGGCAAGCCACGCCCAUCAGGGAUGAUGAAUCAGCCAAUGGCGGUAGUAGCGAAGUCUCCAGGAUACGCUCACGAAGGAGACAUGCCAGGGAGAGAGAGGAAGGAAGCAGCACAAACAGCCCCUCAUCCCCAAGGUCAAUACUACGGAGAGAGGUGGAUGGUAGGUCAGCAGAGGAAUGGAAGAGGAUGUACGAGCGUGAACAUCGGGAGAAUCGACGGCUGACCCGGAGACUACAUGAGUCUGAAGAGAGAAUAGCCCGCUUGGAAGACGAAAUCCAAAUACUGACAGAAGACCUAGAGGUAGUUGACGAGGAGCUGGACCAGUCCAGGGAAGAGAACCGUGCAUUAAACAAGGCAAUGUCUCAACUACGAAGUUAAUUCUUCAUGAUCAUAACCAGCUUCACCUUUUAGG